UCACACUAGAUGAGGCCGAAAAGUACUUGAAUAUACAUACUAUUUAUUUUUGUUGACAAUAAUGCAAUUAACAUAAUCAAUUAAAAACCGUCUUGUUUCAAAAUCAGUAUGUGGAAAAACGAUGUAUAAGAAACUUCAUAUGAUAUAACAAGCGAAAGUUAACAAAUAAGUGAAGGCAAUGGCUGAUUUGGAAGCAGUCUUGGCUGAUGUCAGCUAUUUAAUGGCAAUGGAAAAGUCUAAAUGUACUCCAGCUGCGAGGGCAAGCAAGAAAUUAAAUUUACCCGACCCGAGUGUUAGAAGUGUUAUGUAUAAAUAUUUGGAAAAAGAAGGCGAAUUGAAUUUUCAUAAAAUAUUUAACGAAGUUUUGGGCUAUUUGUUGUUUAAAGACUUUUGUGAAAACGACUCAGAAGAACCUAUACAGCAACUUAAGUUUUUUGAACAGAUAAAACUCUUUGAAAAAACAGAAUGUUAUGAUGAGCGGAAAAAAAUGGCAAGGGAUAUUUAUGACAAUUUUAUAAUGGAGGAAAUGUUGUCCCACACCUAUGAAUACUCCAAACAUGCUGUUGCGAGUGUACAAAAAUAUUUAUUAAAAAAUGAGGUCCCGGUUGACUUAUUUGAACCAUACUUGGAAGAAAUAUUUACACAACUUAAAGGAAAGCCAUUUAAAAAAUUUUUAGAAAGCGAUAAAUUUACUAGGUUUUGCCAGUGGAAAAAUUUAGAACUGAACAUACAACUAACUAUGAACGAUUUCAGCGUUCAUAGAAUAAUUGGACGGGGGGGUUUCGGAGAAGUAUAUGGAUGCCGAAAAGCUGACACUGGAAAAAUGUAUGCUAUGAAAUGCUUGGACAAAAAACGGAUUAAAAUGAAACAAGGAGAAAUGCUAGCUCUUAAUGAAAGAAAUAUGCUGCAAGCAGUCAGUACUGGAAUUGAUUGUCCGUUCAUAGUGUGUAUGACGUAUGCCUUUCAUACGCCGGAUAAGCUAUGUUUUAUAUUAGAUCUAAUGAAUGGUGGUGAUCUACAUUACCAUUUAUCUCAACAUGGUAUUUUCAGUGAGGAUGAAAUGAAAUUUUAUGCAGCGGAGGUGAUUUUGGGAUUGGAACACAUGCAUAAACGUUGCAUUGUGUACCGAGACUUAAAACCCGCCAACAUACUGCUCGAUGAAAACGGACACAUACGAAUUUCUGAUUUGGGAUUGGCUUGCGACUUCUCAAAAAAGAAACCGCAUGCUUCAGUGGGAACUCAUGGAUACAUGGCUCCAGAGGUGCUAUCUAAAGGAACAUCAUACGAUUCGUGCGCAGAUUGGUUUAGCUUCGGAUGCAUGUUAUAUAAAUUGCUUAAAGGUCAUUCUCCAUUUCGACAGCAUAAAACAAAGGAUAAGCUAGAAAUUGACAAAAUGACAUUAACUAUGAACGUAGAACUUCCAGAAUCGUUUUCUUUGGAACUAAAGAAUUUGUUGGAAAUGUUACUUCAAAGGGACGUCUCUAAAAGGCUUGGGUGCAUGGGAAAUGGCGCGGAUGAAGUAAAAAUGCACAAUUUUUUCUGUGGAAUUGAUUGGCACCAGGUUUACAUACAAAAAUAUACUCCACCUUUAGUACCCCCUAGAGGGGAAGUAAAUGCCGCAGAUGCCUUCGAUAUUGGAUCAUUUGAUGAGGAAGAUACCAAGGGCAUAAAACUAAACGACGCCGAUCAAGAUCUAUAUAAAAUGUUUUCGUUGACAAUAUCUGAAAGGUGGCAACAGGAAGUUUCUGAAACAGUAUUUGAUACAGUCAACACUGAGACAGAUAAACUAGAACAAAAAAGAAAAUUGAAGCAAAAGCAGCACUUCGAUGCAGAUGAAAAGGAAUCCGAUUGUAUAUUACAUGGCUACAUAAAAAAGCUUGGGGGCUCUUUUGCAUCUUUAUGGCAAACAAAAUAUGCCAAGCUAUAUCCAAAUAGGCUGGAGCUACAUUCGGAAAGUGGAAAUAAUAAACCAGAACUAAUUUUUAUGGACCAAGUAGAAGAUAUAUCAUCGGAUUUCAUUCUGCACAAAAACGAGAAUUGCAUUCAAAUUCGCAUUAAUGAUGGAACCCGUGAUGGCAGAAUCAUUUUGACAAACUCAGAUGAAAUAGGAUUAAAAGAAUGGUCAUCUUCCCUAAGAUCGGCACACAAAAUUUCUCAAGACCUCUUGGGGUCAAUGGCUAAAAAAGCUGGAAAAAUAUAUGGCAGUGAAAGGGAUGUCAACAAAUCUAUGUAUAUUUUUGGUGGGAACUGCUCAACGAAAACUUCUAACGGGUCUAAUUAAUAUUUAAUUAUUUUCAGUUUAUAAGCUUAAAGAUUUAUAAUAUGUAAAAUGUAGAGGUACAUCUUAUAAAAAUAAAUGUGGAACUCCUUGAAGAUCAAACUUCGAGCUUAUAUGGUUUUUCUUAAAUACAAAAAAAAAUUGGCCCGCAGACUUUUAUAAUAAUAAUUAAAGUGUAUAAUUAAACCAAUUGAAACGUUUAAUAAAUUACUUUAUUAUUAGAUUAAUGUUCAAUGUUGGU